CAUCCAGACCCACUCAGUUCAGCGCAGUCGGUGUGGUUCAGUCAACUAAUUUACCGACAGAGAGCUAAAAACAAAACACCUGUAUAUAUAUAUAUUGAUUUUUAUACUUUUUAUUUCUUUGUUUUCCGGCUCAGAACAGCACCCGGAGCAACAAAGCUCGGACUCGAGCCGCCAACUGCACCAUGGUUGGUGUCAAAGUGAUCGGGAGCGACCCAGACUUCCAGCCGGAACUAGCCGCCGCCGGCUCCAGGCUAGCCGUAGUGAAGUUCACCAUGGCCGGGUGCAGACCCUGCGUCAGAAUAGCUCCAGCUUUCAACAUGUUGAGCAACAAAUAUCCUCACGCCGUCUUCCUGGAGGUUGAUGUUCACGUCUGCCAGGGGACGGCGGCAGCCAACAACAUCUCAGCCACACCCACCUUCCUGUUCUUCAGGAACCGGGUUCGAGUGGAUCAGUACCAGGGGGCUGACGCCGCGGGCCUGGAGGAGAAGAUCAAACAGCACACAGAGAACGACCCGGGAAACAACGAGGACUCUGAUAUUCCAAAGGGAUACAUGGACCUCAUGCCGUUCGUCAACAAAGCCGGCUGCGAGUGUCUGAACGAGAGCGACGACUGCGGCUUCGACAACUGUUUGGUCAAAGACUCCUCCUACCUGGAGUCCGACUGCGACGACCAGCUGCUGAUAACCAUCGCUUUCAAUCAACCAGUGAAACUUUUCUCCAUGAAGCUUCAGUGCUCAGAUUUAGCCCAGGCACCGAAGGUGAUGAAGAUCUUCAUCAACCUUCCUCGGUCGAUGGGUUUCGACGACGCCGAGCGGAGCGAAGCCACGCAGACCCUGGAGCUGUCGGAGGAGGACUACAAAGACGACGGUCUGAUUCCUCUGCGCUACGUCAAGUUCCAGAACGUCCAGAGCGUCACGCUGUUUGUGAAGUCCAGCCUGGGAGACGAGGAGACCACAAAGAUCAACUACCUGACCUUCAUCGGCACUCCGGUUCAGGCCACCAACAUGAACGACUUCAAACGGGUCGUCGGGAAGAAAGGUGAGAGCCACUGAGGAAGAGGAGGCCGAAGAUCUGCCAACGCCGUCUUCCUCCCGCUCGUCAUCAAUCCUCCGUUAAACUCUUUCUGUUGUAAUUCUGUUGAAAUCACUGUAAAUAAAAUCCAAUCCUUUUUCAAAGGCA